CGUAGUGAGAGGACGUGUGACUGCGGCUCCGACCUACAAAACCUCCCUACCGCAGUUCGAACCCCCGUGGGGGCUCUGCCAGUGUGCGCCCCCCAACCCAUCUAGGGCAGGUGGGCAUGGCUUGCCCAUGUGCCCUCAGGGUGGUGCCCCAAACACACGUGAAUGAUGUUAUUUCUGUGAUUAUACCAGUGUGAAUGACGUUUCUGGAAUCUCUCACAUCUUAAUUGUCGAAGAUGAUGCUGUGAAUUAAUGACUAGUGCAGAGAGUUCACUAAUUAUCUACUUUCUACGUCGUUGUGAUGGCUCUCGUAGUUACGAUCAUGAAGGAAAAUGAUAUCAAUAUGUAUUAAAGAAAUUCAAGAUAGCGGAAGUUUAAGACAAAUUUAUUUCUCAACGUUAAAUUGUUGUAUUAACUGGCGUUGAGAGACUUGGAGGCAGGAAGUGUUAGCAUAGAUGACAGAGUGAAGGUUUGUUCCUGUCCACCCCCUGCCUCCACCCAGCUGUCCGUCCCCUGCCUCCACCCAGCUGUCCACCCCCUGCCUCCACCCAGCUGUCCACCCCCUGCCUCCACCCAGCUGUCCGUCCCCUGCCUCCACCCAGCUGUCCACCCCCUGCCUCCACCCAGCUGUCCGCCCCCGUCUCCACCCAGCUGUCUGAAACCUGCCUCCACCCAGCUGUCUGACACCUGCCUCCACCUAGCUGUUUGUCCCCUGCCUCCACCUAGCUGUCUGAAACCUGCCUCCACCUAGCUGUCUGAAACCUGCCUCCUCCCAGCUGUCUGAAACCUGGCUCCUCCCAGCUGUCUGAAACCUGGCUCCUCCCAGCUGUCUGAAACCUGCCUCCACCCAGCUGUCCACCCCCUGCCUCCACCCAGCUGUCCGCCCCUACCUCCACCUAGCUGUCUGAAACCUGCCUCCACCCAUACCUUCACCCAGCUAUCCGCCCCUACCUCCACCCAGCUGUCCACCCCCUGCCUCCACCCAGCUGUCCGCCCCCUGCCUCCACCCAGCUGUCCACCCCCUGCCUCCACCCAGCUGUCCGCCCCCUGCCUCCACCCAGCUGUCCGCCCCCUGCCUCCACCCAGCUGUCCGCCCCCUGCCUCCACCCAGCUGUCCGCUUCCUGCCCCCUCCCCCGCACCUCUCACCCAUCUUAACUCACUCUACGACCCAGCUGUUCAUCGUGCUGCUGCUGCUGCUCACACCAGCUGCCUGCCUCUCACGUUCCAGCUGCCAGCCGUAUAUUUGAAGGAGGGGGCUUGAGGCGUGUGGGCGGCGUGUGUGUGAUGGACUGGGCGUGGUGGGCGUGGUGGGGCUGGCGGGGCCUGCUCGGGUAGCCCCACAGCAGGCGUGGGGAUGCGUCGCAGUAAGAGUUAUUGCAUGAAAGGAGAGGUGAACCACACUACCCACCAUCACCCGGUCCCACCACCGACCUACGAAGGUGCCGCUGCCACCUACUGCCACCCCGACUGCCACCCACUCCAAGCCGCCACCCACCACAGCGUCGACGUGUGCAGCGCCACCUCCACUAGACCAGCCUACGGGCGUGGAGUGCCCUCUUGGAGUGACGGGCGAGCUCGCGGCUCCGGUUCCACCCAUAGUGUGGCCGGAGGCUGGUGUGGAGGGGUUCUGGAAACCGGACUCGGGCCCCUGGAACCGCUCUUGCCGCCCCUUCCCCCAGAGUUGGAGGAGCACCUGCGUACCUGUCGCUGUACCUGUAAUCACAUGGGCUACGGCAAUUACCAGGGGGGUACAUCCCCUCACCACACUUCGACGCUGCCUCUUCCCAACGGACCAGUUAACAGACGAAAUACAGACGGAGGCAUCUUCGGCACGGCUCCAAGAGUGUCUUCAGACGGCGGGAGGAACGGCAGGAGUUUAAGCGGCAGUCUCAAGCGAGUGUGUAGCAGUGCGGGGAAAUCCCGAGCGGCAGGAGGAGGAGCAGGAGGCAGCAUCCCGGGUGCAGAAGGAGGCGCCGCGGUAGAGGCAGCGAGAGCAGGCCUCGGGAGAGAGAGAGAAGGGAGAGGCAGCUUCAGGGAGGCCACAUCCUCCACACCUGCGACAGCCACACCCACCAACUACCGGCGAGCCACACCCAAUCAGAGACCGGCGGGGGUGGUGACCACAUCAGGUCCUCCGCCUAGAUACCAGAUCUCUGAGUACACCUUCGAGAGGGAGCAACCUGACUCACCUUUUUCAGACGAGAAGGACAGCGAGGAGAAGAAGAAAAGUUGGGAGGGGUACACGUGGCGUCACUGGUGCGUGUUGGCGGCACUGCUGCUCUUAAGUGGGGGGGUGGUGCUGGCAGUGGCACUACCCCUCGCUGCCAGGAGGUCCUCGAUGCCCCAUCCUCACAAUGCCCUCGCCCGAGUCCAUCGCAUCCUCAGCACCGUCCCUCUCAUUGAUGGGCACAACGACCUGGCGUGGAACAUCCGGAACUUCGUACACAACAAACUGGAGAAGGUGGACAUGUCCCAGAACCUGAGCACCGUUGAGCCCUGGGGGAGCUCCCCCUGGUCCCACACCGACCUGGCCAGGAUGCGACACGGCAGAGUCGGAGCGCAGUUCUGGGCGGCGUAUGUUCCGUGCGGUGCGCAGUACCUUAACGCGGCGCAGGUCACGCUGGAGCAGAUUGAUGUCAUUAAGCGCAUGAUAGCGCGCUAUCCUCAACAUCUCGGCUACGCGCAGUCCCACGCCAGUCUGAUGGAGGUCUACAACUCAGGACGGAUAGCCAGUCUGCUGGGCGUGGAGGGCGGUCAUCUGAUGGGCGCCAGCCUCUCUGUACUCAGGAUGUACUACGAUCUUGGGAUCCGCUACCUCACCCUCACCCACACCUGCAAUACUCCAUGGGCAGACUCCUCUCUCGCGGACUCUCCUGGGAACCAUGAAGAGAACUUCGGCCUGAACGACUUCGGGGCGAAAGUAGUGCUGGAGAUGAACAGACUCGGGAUGCUGGUGGACCUCUCUCACGUUUCUCAGCAGACGAUGCGGGAUGCUCUGGCCGUCUCUCGCGCACCUGUCAUCUUCUCGCACUCGUCAGCUCACGCCCUGUGUCGCCACUCCCGCAAUGUUCCAGAUGAUAUCCUCAAACAAGUGCACUUAAACGGUGGGAUUGUAAUGGUCAGUUUCUAUAACUACUUCCUGACCUGUAACGACUCUGCGUCAGUCCUCGAUGUUGUCCGUCACAUCAAUCAUAUCCGGGACGUGGCGGGGCUCGACCAUGUUGGUGUGGGUGCUGACUUCGACGGUAUCAAUAAGACUCCGGUGGGUCUAGAAGACGUCAGCAAGUAUCCUAUGCUGCUGGCGGAGGUCCUCAAGGACUCGCGCUGGACUGAGGACGACCUGGCGAAGCUGGCUGGUGGGAACUUCUUGAGAGUCCUACAGCGGGCCGAGCAGGUGAGGGACGAGCUCCGUUCCACUCAGCCAUACGAGGACCACAUCCACCCGGACAACCUGGCCGGUCGUCGGGCCUGUUGGUUCACGUGACGCAGUCUCUAUCUUAGGUCCUCACCCGUUGUUCUCCUCCUCUCCUUUCUCCUCUCUCUCUUCCUCUGCUGCCUUCACCUCCCGCACGGCAAGAAGACUCACGGGGAGUGAAGAGGAACAGGACAAGGAAGCAGAGAAGGAUGAAGAAAAAUGAGCGGAAGUACCAUUCCAGCCACUCCAGAGGUUCGUCCAGGAGAUGGGUACUGGAGCCUCAGGAGGCAGAAAGAGAGGAGGUUCAUAUUGUACCUUAGGAAUUUGGUUCUAUUCGUGGAACAAAAAAUUGUGCUUGAGACGUCAUACCGUAGCUGAAUAAUGUGUUCGUGACAUCUCUCCACAUGAGAAUUAGCGCCGUGUUUCAUGCCUAAUGAAGGGCAUUGAGUACAGUGAUUACGAGUCAGUCACCACAGAUUAUGAGUGCAUUCCCAGGUUGACAAUAAAUAUCGAUCUUACAGACAACAAGCCACAACAACGUGGCUGAACUUUAGUUAUUCAACCCACACAAAUGACACGAAAGUCGUCUUGAAAAUAUACAAAUCAUCAGAAAUGUUUUUGCAGAAACGACGAUCCUGUGGGAUUGUGAAGAAUUAAUAACACUUAAGUGAUGGAUUAAACAAGUCUUGUGCUUGAUGCGGACAUUACUUAACGGGUUUUACAGGUUAAAAACACCUAAAUUACGACUUGUCACAGUUACAAACUGGACUAAGCAUGUCUGCAAUGGUAACUGUAUUUGGUAAGUCUUUCUUGCAGUGAUAAAGGAUUAAUAUCACUUCCGAUGCGUAGAACUAUUGUUUAAUUUGGUGCGUCAUAGAACGCACCAAACGUAAUUUUGGUGCGUUCAUAGAACGUAAUUUUAACGAGUGACAAUCCAUGAAGGAAAGGUGUUUGGAAACGUUGUGUGACUUGUCUGUGGAACCGAAUGUUUAGUCUAAUGGGUCUCUAAUUUGGUCACAAUCGAAUGGUCUAAUUUAGUCCCAAUCGACUUGAGAAUGGUCCAGGACGGACCGAAACGUCGUCGUCCCUUCAACUUCUAGUGUGUGGUCUGGUCAACAUACUUCAGCCACGUUAUUGUGACUGCUAAUGGAUCUCUUUAUAAAUAUUUCUGUGAAAGACUCAAGGCUGAAGCACUGAUAGAAUAUUAAACUUGUAAAUAAUACAGA